AUGACUGCCACAACCCUGACCAGCAGUGUGCAGAAGCUAUCCAGCACCAAAGAGGAAAGGAAGUUACGAAAACCUUUGAUUGAAAGGAAACGGAGGGAGAGGAUUAACAAUUGCUUGGACCAGCUCAAGGAGACGGUCAUUGGGGCCUUUCAGCUUGAUCAAUCUAAACUUGAAAAAGCAGAUAUCCUUGAAAUGACUGUAAAGCAUCUUCAGAAUAUCCAAAACAGCAAAAAUAUGGAUUCUAAAAUGGGCCUGGAAGCUCAGCAGAGAUUCAGCACUGGAUAUAUUCAGUGUAUGCAUGAAGUGCACAACCUCCUCCUCACUUGUGAAUGGAUGGACAAGACCCUUGGAGCACGUCUGCUAAAGCACCUGCUGAAAUCCUUGCCCAGAUCUAAUGGGGAAACCCGCAAGGCAGACUUGAGUUCUGCUGCCCCAGGGAGUGGCAAGAGGAGCACAACAGGAUCCAACCAAUCUCAGGAGCUGGUCUCCCCCACGGAAGAGAAACAGGGAGUGAAAAAGUCGUUUCAGCCACAGCUGCCCUCACGUUGCAGUCAGCAUGAGUCGUCACCUCCUAUCCAGAUUCUGCAACCCCGUUUUGCACAUGGCAGUGUCAGUAUGGGGUCUUUAGACAUGUGGAGACCAUGGUAA